AUGCCGAGCAUCGACAUAGGCGAAACAAGCAUGGCCAUCGUCACGCUCGAACCCGGGGUCGAACGAUGCCGAGGAGAUGAACGAACCGAUGGAUCCCGAGCAGGUCCUGCUACCCGACGACUGGCGAGAAGAAAUACGAGACUACAUUCACGACGGCAAAGUGCCGACCGAUCGAUGGGCCGCUCGGCGUCUCAAAGCAAAAAGCGCCACUACAUGGUCCUGGACGGCAAUCUCUUCAGGCGAAGCGCCUCCGGUCCCCUCAUGAUUUGCGUCUCCGGUUCUGAGUCCCGCCUCGUCAUGGAAGAAACCCACUCGGGUGCAGGAGGAAACCACUCGGGAGGACGAGCCCUAGCAUGA